AUGUAUAACGAUGACUAUCACCGUGGACGCCAUGAACACCAGGCCAGAGACAACGACUAUGCGUCCUCCUCCUCGUAUCGCGAUAGGAGAUACCCGUCGCGAUCACCGCCCCCGGAUUAUUACAGCAGGAGUCGUUCCCGAAGCCCCCCGCGAGAGGGCGGCGGCCGAUUAGGAGACGCUGGGCUGCCUAGUGAUACUGUGAUAUUCGAAGGACUGCCCGUCAGGGUAGACGGAGUCGAGCUGCGGGAGAGCAUUAUCCGCGAUUGCAUAUCCGACGACUACUCUGUCGUCGAUGUCCGGUUGACGUACGCCAAAGGCAAACGCCGAGCGUUCAUUCAGUUCGAGGACGUUGAUCAUGCAACUGCUUUCGUCAACGAACAUUUCCCAAAGGUCCUCUUCACACUGCCUCACACGACUGACGAGGUCCCAGAUGGCAAGUGCAGUGCCUACAUUCACUUUGCCCAUCGCAGAGCGGAUGGAGAUACGCGCGCCGGCGGCCAAUGGGUAUGCCUGCCUUGCGGCUUUGAAAAUUACUCUUCUCGCACAAAGUGCAAACGCUGUGGCUCGUCGCCUUUAUCCUCUGCGAUGCGAGUCAGCUUGAAUCCCGCUGCUGACGCCGCCGAUGCGCCUACCCAGAUCUUGGUAGUGUAUCCUCUCAUGGCCUACGUCACCGAGGAAAUGUUUGCUGCGGAUAUGAAGCGCUUGGAGCUUGCGAAGCCGGAUCCAGCCAGCCAGAAGCUGGCGCCAGGCUCGAAGCUUCAGUCGACCGCCCCAGCCGAUCGAGCUGCCCGGACUGGCGCACGUCCGGGGUCUCUCCAUCGCGUAUUUCUGAUGCGCGAUUCCGUCACGGAUGAGUCGGUCAAAUACGGCUUUGCUGAGUUUUGGACUCUGCAGGAUGCCGUGGAUGCCAUGGCCAAAAUCAAGCUGCUGCCAUCUUUCAGCGUUGCCGCCGCUCCCGUUAUCGUGUCUCACAUCCACCUGGGGGUCUUUGUACCGGAGGAGCGCGAGAUCACGCCCGAGAUGGAGAGGUUCUCCUUCAGCCCACUAUUUAAUCCGACUCUCCGCGUCCGAUACCGCGAUUUGCGAGCCUAUCCAAGCCAGAAGAUUUUGGCAUCUGAGCCUCCAGGAAGUGCCAGCGCAGCCGGAGAGCAAAAGGGAGGCGACCAGGGCGGUAACAACAAGAAACCCAAGAAGAGAAAGGCAGAUGAUCCCUUGGGUGCUACUGCCAAAAAGGCGGUCCCUGCAAUGGCUGGCCACAUGGCAUUGUGGCAGAAGAAGCACGAAGAGAUUCAUACGAAUGAGUCUGGCACGACGGCUGCUAAGCAGCUGCCAGUCAAGGACCCGAAAGAAGCCCCGAUCAAAUUUGCCUUUAAAGGGGCAUCCGCGUAUGCCCCAGGCGCUCAAGCAAACUCAGCAUCACCCCCAGCUCAACCAGCACAGCCAGCACCUCCCGCACCUUCUUCCGCACCGCCGCCUCUUCCUCCUCCAGAGAAGCAAAACGGCGACAAGAUGCCUGCAGCCAAGCCUGACGUGCAGGCCAAAGACGAAAAGCCAAUCACUCCAUACGCGGACCGAGAAAAGCUCCAAUGUCUUCUCUGCAUGCGCAAGUUCAAGUCUCUUGAUGAGCUAAGUCGUCAUGGAAGCUCGCAGCUUCAUGCGGAGAAGCUGCAAGAUGAGCAGUCGGUCAAGAGCGCGCUCGAGAGGCUAAGCAAAAGAGGCAUCCCCCUACCGACACAAACCGAAGCAGGCGACGAUGCCUCCCAUGCCACGGCACCCCAAUAUCGCGACAGGGCCAAGGAACGCCGCGAGCAGUGGAACCAGCCAAAGAAGCCACUCCCCGUUGUCGCAGAUAAAUCCGCCCCAGGACCUCCGAAGGAUCAGGGCAAAGCCUCAUCAGCGCCAGAGAAAGCCCCGGCGCGGUCAAAGGGCGCGGGCAUGCUCGCCAAGAUGGGCUGGACGUCUGGCAGCGGCCUGGGCGCGAAUGCCGAGGGGCGCACCGAGAGCAUCGUCACGCACGUGUAUCGGCAGGGCGUGGGGCUGGGCGCUGAGGGCGCCAACAUGGGCAACGCGCAGGCGAUAGGCGAGAGCAGGACGGUCAACAACCGCAAGGACUAUGUCGAUGCCGUCAACGAGCGGGCGAGGGAGCGCUUCUUUAGCGAAUUUGGCGGCGAGAAGAAGGACGGUCAGCAGAACGGGGAGGACAAGGACAAUGACGGGGAUGGGGGCGAGGAGCCGAAGGAGGUGUGA